GGAAGUGGAAAGAAGGAGCAGACCUGAGAAAUAGUUAAGAGAACAAGUCCACAGGGCUUGCUAAAGGGUUUGUUGUUGGGGGUGAGGGAGGAACCAGAAAGACUCCCAGGUUCCUGGAGCGGAAGCGAGGAUGGGGUGGGUCCCAAGACGGUCGUGGCCGGGGAUUCUGACACCAGGAUCCUUGCUUGGCCGGCCUUCCCCUUUCCUGCCCCAACAGACAGCUCUCCCGGCCCCUCCUCAUGCGAUGGAAGCUGACCUCUCGCCCACUGCUCCCGUGGUGGGGAGACAUUUGCAAUCCCGUGUGGACUGAGAUCAAAUGAUGGAGAGAAAGACAAACACUCCUGAGACGCAGGAAUAAAAAUGCAGGGGACAGCUUCACAGUCAAACUCGAACGAACUUCCUAAGAUUUAAUACAACGGGAGGCAUCACCAAGGAAAAGACUAAGGCUUUUGACUUUACGGAGAUGGCUUAAUCUACUUCAUGGACGCUAUCCUUUGGAGGGCUCUGCGUCUCUUACACAGUAGGCUCCAUGCCCGGCAUGGAGACCAAAGUGGGCUUUGAACUCAUGACCCUGAGAUCGAGACCUGAGCUGAGAUCGAGAAUCGGAUGCUCAACCGACUGAGCCACCCAGGCGCCCCCAAACAGGUUGGAUUUUAAAGAGCAUGCCUUUCACCAUCACCUGGUCCUUCUCACUCUUCCGCUGAGCUCUGGGCAGCGGGAGUUACUGCCGGCCCCUCUCUGCACAGGUGGUACGGGCCGGGGUGCCACCAGAGUCCCUCCUUCUUUGGGUACAGGUGAUGUGUCCCCAGCCCGACAAAGGCUUCCCAAAAUGCUCUCUGCCUCUUAGACGGCUGAGUGAGCAAAUACUGAUAAUGUGGAGCCCACACCCUGGGCCCCCUCAGAGCACAGUGACACAGCCUCUCGGCCCAGGCCCACCUGAAGUGGAGACUGCCUCUCCCAGCUUCUUUCCGGCUGGAGUGACCCCGUGACCAAGUUCUGGCCAAAGGAAUAUAAGUGGAAGUUUUGUGCUAGAACUUCCCCGAGAGAAAGCUGGCUUAGGCCCUUCGUCCCUUCUUCGCUUCACUUCUCCUACCUGCUGGCUGGGGUGCAGAUGUGUUGGCUGGCACUAGGGCAGCCAUUUUGGGCCAUGAGGUGCAUUUGUGAAUGGAGGCUGUGCAUGAUGGAGCCUGGGUCCUAGAUCUAACUAUGUAAACAGUGGAUCCCAGACGCUGUGGCUCAGCCUGGGAUCCCUCCCUUCAAACUUAAAAAAGAAGAUGCUUAUGUAUUAGUUUUGAGAGAGAGAGAGAUGGUAUGUGAGCAGGGGAGAGGGGCAGAGAGAGAGAGAGAGAGAAAGAAGAGGGGUGUGGAAUCUUAAGCAGGCUCCAUGCUCAGCGUGGAGCCAGACGUGGGGCUCAAUCCCACAACCCUGGGAUCAUGACCUGAGCCAAAUUCAAGAGUCAGCCAUUUGACCGACUGAGCCACCCAGGCACCCUUCCUUUCAGACUUUUCUGCAUAAAAUAAAUAAAUAUCUUUCUCUUUUAUUGUCAUUGCCACUCACAAUCAAAUACAUCCUCACUAAUCCACUCCCUGACGACCGCUCUGCCAAAAGCUGGUUCUGGGGACAAAGGCAAGUCACGCGUGAGCCCCGUCUUCACGAAACGCACAGCUCAGAGGGGAGGGGAGGACGAACUGGCCAGCCCCCAAGGCAACUCUUCGGAAUUCCACACGACUUUUGUCUACAGGAAGUCAACUCUUGCCACGAGCUGGGCCCCCUGCUCGGCACCAGGCUCCCUGCCGGGCGCAGGGACACCUGUGCCGGCCCUCGACGGGCUCCCAGGCCAAGAACACGCUCCGUGAGCCUGGAGGCUUCGCGCCCUCCAGAGCAGCAGCCUCUGACUCAGUGGCUCUAGAGUGUGGCUCCUGGUCCCCCAUCAGCCUGGGUCUAUCCUUCUCGGCAGGUCUGCGAAGGCAGCUGAGAGAGAGAGAGAACGUGGGCCGGGGAGGGGCAGAGAGAGAGGGAGACACAGAACCCGAAGCCAGCUCCAGGCUCCGAGCUGUCAGCCCCGAGCCCGACGCGGGGCUCGAACCCACGAACCUCAAGAUGGUGACCCGAUCCGACGCUAGAAAUCGUACGGGUGAACAGCCCUUGGACGGUACAGGAACUGCCUCAUCGAAUCCUCAGGUCGCCCCUAUGAGGUCGGUGCUGUUAUUGUCCCCCGGUGAGAGGGGAGGGAACGGAGGCACAGAGAGGUCCAGGGACCUGCCUGGGGUCACACAGGCAGUCCACCGUCCGUCCCCAGCCCACACCCUGACCCCCACGCCUUCCUGCUUGGCGAGCACCUGCCUCCCGUCCAGGCCCGUGCGGGGCUGUGCACGGGGCCAGGGGAGCGUGGGCGAGCGCGUGUGUCGGACGGGCCGGGGGUGCGCACAGGCGCUAGUGACCGCGCAUCUGUUGCCGCUCGUGCGGUGUGGCUACAGGUGUGUCCAGCCUGGUCCCCCAGCCUGGACCCCCCUUCCCCCGCUCUGUCCCCUGCCGGGGCCUCCUUAUCUUGGGAGACCCCGGGGGCCGGCGUCCCUUCUGCCUGCCGCCCGCCCGGGAUCCCCUAGCCCGGACGGUUGUGCCAUCAGCCCGCGCGGGCGUUGUUGUCCCCAAGCGGGGCGAGGGUGUGUCCCUUCACUUCUGCGUCACCCGGGCGCCCGGAACAGGCCCGACCAGGACAUUAACAGGGAUGCCACGGGCUGCCGCUCAGCGGGCAGGCGUGUGCAGGCCCAGCGCCCUCGUGACCCCGCCCGAUUCCAUUUGUUAAUCUCCUCUCAGGAGAGACGCAAACGAGUCAACAGAAGGUCCGUGGCUGAACCAGGCUCCGGCUGUGGCUUCCCCCUCCCGGGCUCCCUUGGGGGCUAUUUCAUUUUUUUUUUUUUUAACUGUCACUUAUUUUUUUUAAGGUUCUCGAUUGGCUUGGAGAAAGAAAGAGCGAGCGAGCGAGCAGGGGAGAGGCAGAGAGAGAGGGAGAGAGAAUCCCAAGCAGCCUCUGUACCAUCAGCGCGGAGCCCGACCCGGGGCUCGAACCCCCAGACCGUGAGAUCACGACCGGAGCCGAAAUCAAGAGUUGGAUGCCGAACCGACUGAGCCACUCGGGCGCCCGGCUUGUAUUUAUUUUGGGACACGUGUCGCGUGCACCUGAAAAACAGUUCAGGCCAAAUGAAGGCGUAUGAUCUCGGAAUGAGUGUCCUUCCACCUCUGUCCCCCCUCCCCGGCCUUCCCGCCCCCUCCCGGAGGCAAACACUUUCCCAGGUUCUUGUGCGUCAGGGGCCCCUUCGUGCUGGGUUUUCUCACUGUGGGUGGGGGGAGGGGGAGGGGGGGGCGUGUGGGCGUGAAACUCCCCGGAGAGAUUUUAAACAUCAUGGCACGCGUGGGGGUGACUUUCCUAUUUCCGGUGCUGCAGUGCAUGGUCCUGUGUAGACGCCGACAGCCACGGAAGGGAGGAAAAGAGGCAAGAGGCGAUAGACACCACGCGGUCGGCCCGAGUUCUGGGGGGGUCCCUGGGCGUGGGGCUGGUGACACCGGCCACCUGUCUCCCCCUAAGGAAUCGGGAGCACGUGAGAACCGGCUGGAGGCCGGGAGGUCACAGCUAGCUUCCCCCCUCUGCAGGCUGGGGCCUCGCUCUGGAGACGCCUCGACCGAGGGCACAGGGCCAGCGGGUGGCCAAGCCAGGACUCAUGCUGGCCUUGGGGAGCCACAGGGGAGCUUGGAGGAGGCAGCCGACUGCCUGCGUCUAGGGUGGCCAGAGCCGGGAGUGGAGGGAGCGGGGCCGGAGGUCUAGGCAGGGAACAACACGGAAAGGGCUUUGGCACCUCCCAUGACACGUGGGGUGAGUCUGGAGCUGCGGGAUGGUGAGGGGACAAGGGCCGGCCAGGGACGCAGGCACCUCUGGAACCCCCUCUUGUCCUUUCUGGGGACCCCCAGCCUUCCUGGUCCCCAGGGGGAGGAAGCUCUUGCUCUGUUUACUAGGGAAACUGAGGCAGGAGCGUGGAGCCCGUUCCAGUCAUCCCAGCAGAGGUGCGCCCGGACCUCGCCUCACACCUACGCCCCCAGCUGGGGGACCCGGAGCACCUGUUCUCUGGGCAGCGUCCAAUGGGACGCCCUCGGUCAGCUCAGGAAGCCCCCCCCCGGGCGGGGAGGCCUCGGGGACGCAACCAGCUCUGUGACCGGGUGACUCGUUUUGCUGCCCUGAGUCUCGGGCCCCUCAACUCGAAAGUGGGGAUAGUUGUGCCCCUGCCUCACCGGGCCGACCAAAGGCAGACGCUGUGACAGGUAGAGGGGAGGCGGCGCUGGAGACAGAUGGGCCGAGAUGUGAGCCUCUGAAUUAUUGACCCGGGUGAGUCACGUCCCCCUUUUGAACCUCAGUUUCCUCUGGAAAAUGGGGACAGCAGCGGGUGCUUACUUCAAAGGGUUGUUGUGAGCCUUAACAGGGAUGCUUUCCAGAAUGUUUGCUCGCGGCGAGAGCUCGGUCAAAGCCGGCCGCCCCUCCCCGCCUUGGCCUCCGAGCCUGCAGGGCCCUCAUAAAGUCCAGAUGGGACGCCGGGGUGACAAGCGUGACUCAGAGCUCCACCCCGGG